AUGGUGUUUAUGCUCCUCCGAAGCUUGCAACGCUCGCCGAGGCUGUUUUUGCACUCGUCGCGACACUGCUCGACGUCUGUUCCGGGUUCUGUAAGCCGCGUCUUCGAGCUCUUUGAACGGCAUGGGAAGGGCGACUACAUCGGCGAAGAUGUCUCGCAGCUGGAGCAUGCCCUGCAAGCUGCGGACUUGGCCCACAGGUCAGGUCAUGGGUUAGAAGCAACACUGGCAGCUCUCCUCCACGACGUGGGACACCUCUUGGGCACGGAGGACAAGUCGCAUGCCAGAAUGGGCGAUUGCGGAAUAGCCAACCAUGAGAACUUGGGUGGCGAGUGGCUCGCCGGCCUAGGCUUCUCUCCAAGAGUGUGCAAGCUCGUCUCCCGGCAUGUGGAUGCCAAGCGAUACCUCUGCGCAGUGAACCAGGAGUAUCACGACACACUGAGUUCUGCUUCAAAGACGACCCU